CGUAUGAUUUAAUGAAGUUACUUUAUAAUUAUAAAAUUCUUUAACAUAAAACAAAUCAGUACACAUGUAUAGGCGAAUUUAACGCUAGUAGCAUUAUCUAGCAGUUAACCUACUUGAGGUAUUUCUUUACACGAUGAAGUGAGUGGGAAAAUCAUUCAGUACGAGAAUAGAGUAUUCAUCUAUUCUACAGCAUUAUGAAAUACGAUAGGGGGGCUGAUGCUGCGAUUCUCAGGAGUCCACGGAGAUGUGCGAUGUGAAAAUCGUAUCACAAAGAACAUAAUAUUAUGUUUCAUAUUAUUUAAUAUCUGAACAUAAAUCCUUAUUCUGAGUAUUUUUCCAUAGUAAAGGUAGAUUUUCGUAAAAAAAUAUUCCGGUUCCCGGCCCCGCUUCCCGCCAUUUUGCAUUUUCCGCCGCGAACUUUCAAUAUUUAUUGAAAGUUAUUUAAAAGUAAAUUCAUUUGAUUGAAAACUUCAGUUUUAAAGAGCUGAACAUGACGGAUUGUAAUGAUUUACGAGCUUUGAGCAAAAUUACUGCAGAGGUUGAUGAAUCCCAAGUCAAAAUAAUAUUAUCGAGUCAUUGCAUUAAAGCACAACUAUUUCUUGUUGACCGCCUAAGAAAGGAGACGGAACGGCAAAAACAAAUUUGCAAAUACAUCAGCGGUGGAAAUAUUAAACUAGAAGCUGAAAUAAAGCACGCCGAACAAGAAUUUCGAAGUUUACUUACCGCCAAUGAAACCAUUAAAUCUUCUAACAUUGAAAUAAGGAAGGAUUUGUUAUUAGCUAGAGAAAAGAAAGUCGAAGUACUAAAAAGAGUUCAAUUUGGGGAGAAAAAAUAUGAAGACCUUUGGAUACAGUGCAAAAAUAGAUACGAAAGCAUCCCGUUUGUGCAGAAAUGGUUUGAGAUUACUGAGAAAAAUAAAGAGUUUCAAGAACGUAUCAAAUUCCUAACGCAAGAAGUUCAAACUCUAACUAAGGAAGUAAGAACUAGAAAGGAGUCAAUCAAAGAAAUGGACAAGAAACACUUGAUUCAAAUGGUCCAAUAUCUAGUGUCUGAAAGACCCAAAAUAAUCAAUGCUAUUAAAGAAGAAAUGGCUAAGGUAAAGGGUCUGAAUGCAGAAAUACAAGAUUACUUGAAAGAACAGGAUGUCAGAAGUUAUAAAGAGGAAAUAAGACCAGGAUUUAAAUCUGGCGACAAAUUCCAAAAAGAUAAUAUGAUGGUGCUUGAUACUGACUGGCCGAGUCUAUGUGACAAUUUCAGCAAAGAUCAAGAUCGUUUACGGAUGCCAAGACUUCAGUUAGCCUCAGGCGAUAUGGAUUUGUUAACAGUUAAUCUGGAGCAGUUUCAGAUCAAGAAGAACUCUGUGGCUCAAGUCAAGCGCACGGACUCCAACUCCAUGACCCUGCAUGGCGUCCCCAGCGUGAGACCUGAGGAAAAGAAGGAUGCUUACUACUCCUCCUUCUUCAACAAGUCGUAUCUCGACGAGAAUGAGGCAGGCACGUCAGACACCAGGAGCUACGCUAACAAGAAACUCAUAAACAUCCUAGAUGACAUUAAUAUCGACCGGAAUGAUGCUAAGAAAAUCGUCUCCGGCGUGAACCCUAAUGCGUUGAAAAUAGUCAAUAUUGGCAGCUGCAUCUCCAAAACCGGCGAUGGUGUUGUCGCUAAGAAUAGUCAGCCACAGACUGAGUCCACGAACCCUGAACCAAUGGAGCAAGAGGAAGAGCUAGUAGUAGCCUCGGGCUCUACCAAUAUAUUGAUGCCGCCAUCUCAAUUUUUGGACAUGACUCAAGGCAGCAGCAGUGUCGUAGUUGAAGAACUGAUGGACCAAGAGGAAAAUCGAAAAGAAACUGAGAUGCCCCGCCUAAAGAAUUCUCAGGAGAAGAAAGUAUCGUUUGGGCUACCAGUCAUCGAGGAAGUACCAGAAGAAUCCGCCCCGGAGCCCGAGGCAGCCGAGGACUGUGACGUCACAGUGUCCAGCCAACUGGACGUCAGCACCGCCAGCCAUGAGAACGACAGCUUCAGUCGGAUGAAGGACAGGAUCCUGAAGAAAUACAGCCUUGAUCUGUCACCGGACUUUGUUUAUGAGAAGAAAACCUCUGACAAGAUUGUAACUUCCAAGUUCUUCAAUAAAACUAAGGAAACUGAUAGAAAAGCUGAGGUGGAUACCCCGAAGGAGGCUGACAAGCAAAAUGCAGUGGAAGUUAUCAACACUCAAUGUGAACAAACGGCUCGGGACGAAAUUAACAAAGGCGACGCUGAUUUAGACUACAUUGGGAAUAACGCCACUGGAGAUAUAAACAAUACCAAGAAAGAAGAUAAAUCCAUUACUGGAUUUUUAUUUACUCAUGGACCUAAUGGUAUUCCGGAUUCUCUCGACGUGUCUAUGAGUACGACGGGCUUUGACGACGGCGAUGCAGACUUCCCGCACGGUAUAGAUUCUUCCCUCUUGUUGUCACCGAAGGCUGAUGUCCCUAUGCAGAUAUCUGGAGAUAAUGCUGAAGUGUUUUCACAGGAGGUUCCAAACUUCUUAUCAGGUCUACGUAAAACUGGCCUAUCCUUUUUUGGAAAAUCUUCAGGGAGCGAGCCUAAAGCAGAUGCAGGUUUGAACCAACAAGGAAAUAAUUUCAAUUUUACUUUUGGAGGAGAGAGCAGCAAGAGCCGUGGAGGAUUAUUUAGUAUGUUCCAGUAAUUUUAUAGCACCCAAGUUGAUUUUUAAGUAAAAAAAUAUCUAUAUAGUAAAGAGAUGUUUAUUUGGUAAGUAGUAUAAAAGUUAUUGAUGUAACUGGCAGGCCCUAACUGCUAUUAAUUGUAACAGAAUAAACAAUGGGGCAAAUACUUCGCUGAA